AUGGCAAAAUUGUACCAUCUCUUCCUUUCUACCAUUUUAGUGGUAAUCAUACCUUCAUUAGUGCAUGCUAAUGUCAAAGAACAAGAAUCAUACAUGAAUAAUAUAUUACCAUUUAUUAAUGAUACAUAUUGGCGGGGAAAAGCAUCGGAUGCUGAGAAAGCAAACAACAUAGCUUAUACACCCGAUCCAUAUGCAGUCUCUGAAAACAUGACUUCUGGUGUUAGCGAGAUGAUAACUGAGGGAAAUACAGGAAGAAGGAAUCUGACGGAGAAAAAACUAGUAAGAGGCCGACCAUGUUUGGCUACAAACCCCAUUGACAGGUGUUGGAGGUGUGAUCCUAAUUGGGAAACAAAUCGCAAGAAGCUUGCAGAUUGUGUGCAAGGUUUUGGAAGAAAGACUACUGGUGGAAAAGCCGGUCCUAUCUAUGUGGUAACCGAUCCCUCAGAUAAUGACAUGCAAAAUCCACGUCCAGGUACUCUUCGGUAUGCAGUUACAAGAAACGGACCUUUGUGGAUCAUCUUUGCUCAUAGCAUGGUCAUUAGGCUCAACCAGGAACUUAUAAUGACAAGUGACAAGACCGUUGAUGGACGAGGAUUUAAUGUGGUCAUUGCUAAAGGUGCUGGUUUUACUAUUCAAUUCAUCAGGAAUGUGAUAAUCCAUGGGAUCAAAAUUUUUGACAUUCAAGUUGGUAGUGGGGGACUUAUAAGAGAUGCUGAGAACCAUUUUGGUCUAAGGACUCAGAGUGACGGUGAUGGAAUUUCAAUUUUUGGCUCCAGCAAUGUUUGGAUCGACCAUGUUUCCAUGAGAAACUGCAAAGAUGGGCUCAUUGAUGUCAUUAUGGGAUCUACUGCCAUUACCAUUUCCAAUUGCCAUUUCACAGAUCACAACGAGGCGAUGUUAUUUGGUGCAAGUAACGACUAUGAUGGUGAUAAGAAAAUGCAGAUUACACUUGCAUUCAACCACUUUGGUAAGAGAUUAAUCCAAAGGAUGCCAAGGUGCAGAUAUGGUUUUAUCCAUGUGCUUAAUAAUGACUACACUCAUUGGGAAAUGUAUGCCAUUGGAGGUAGCCAAAAUCCUACAAUUAUAAGUGAGGGUAACCGAUUCAUAGCCCCUAACAACCCCAAUGCUAAACAGAUAACAAAGAGGGAUUACGCACCAGAGUCAGAGUGGAAAAAUUGGCAAUGGAGAUCAAUCAACGAUGUCUAUAUGAACGGAGCAUUUUUCGUUCAAGGAGGACCUGAGCUGACUAACCGACCAUUCUCAGAAAAGGACAUGAUCAAAUCUAAACCUGGAACUUAUGUGGGAAGGCUUACUCGUUAUUCCGGAAGCCUUAGAUGCAGAAAGGGAAGCCCUUGUUAG